GAUUCUUUCGAGUGUGGAAAGAAGAGACCAAGUUAAGGCCUAGCUAGUUUGAUGGUCCUGUUAGGAAGGCUCUCUCCUUUUGCCUGAUUAGUUUAUGAUGGAAAGUUCUCUCAGCUAAUCAAGCAACAGGAGUUAUAGAAAACAGAUGGAUGAUUGAAAUUAGACGGCCUGUGUUUUGACUUCUGUUUUAUCUCUCUCUAUAUUAGCAUCUUCCCUCAGUCCCCCAAACAAAUUGAAGUCUUCUUUUGGAACAAAAGCUAGCUAGGCAGCCUCCCUCACAACCAUCACCACCAUAACUUUGAAAGAAACCUCUUGUUGUUAGUUGAAGGAGCUCGUUUUUCAGUAUUCAAACAAGUUAAUUAAGAGUGAGAGACAGAGAGAUAAAAGAUAUGGGAAGGGCUCCUUGCUGUGAUAAGGCUAAUGUGAAGAAAGGUCCCUGGUCGCCUGAAGAAGAUGCAAAGUUAAAGGAGUACAUAGAGAAACAGGGAACUGGAGGGAACUGGAUUGCUCUCCCACCAAAAGCUGGUCUUAAGAGAUGUGGGAAAAGUUGCAGAUUAAGAUGGCUUAACUAUCUCAGGCCUAAUAUUAAACAUGGAGAAUUCUCUGAUGAUGAAGAUAGGAUAAUCUGCACUCUCUAUGCAAGCAUUGGUAGCAGGUGGUCAAUUAUAGCAGCUCAGUUGCCAGGCAGGACUGAUAAUGAUAUCAAGAACUACUGGAACACAAAGCUCAAGAAGAAACUUUUUGGCAUGGCUCCCCAAUCUCAUAGAAAACCUCAUCACGUUCACCAUGCUAGCUUCUCAUCUCUUCUUCAAUCAUCUUCAACUUCCUCCCCAUCUCCAUCACCUCCUUUGUCAUCACCAUCGUCAACGUUACUAUACAAUUGCAGCAACAACACCUACAACACGCCAGCUAGAUCUUUUAGAUGCUUUGAAGUAUCAUAUUCCUCAAAUUUUUCAAACAGCCGUGCUUCUUGUGUAACUGCCGCAUCCGUACUUCAACCGCGGGAGAGUUUACUGGGUCCUACUCAGCAUUACCAACUACAGGAUGGCCUCCAAAUGUUUGGAGGUGAAGCUAGUUGUAGUUCUUCUGAUGGGUCUUGCAGCAACCAAAUCAGCCAAAACAAAGAAUUAGAGUAUGAAUAUGGCGGUGCGAGGGGCAGCAAUGGUGCAAAUAACGGUGAACAAAUGGGCAUGCACAGUUAUUUCUGCAAUGAAGCUGAUGAAAGCCAAACGCUCAUGGCAUCAAAUGGAGGUUGUGCUAACGGAUGGUCUGAGAAGUCGUCAAAUGGAUUGUGGGGUGAAACAGUACCAUUAGAUUACGGGCUUGAGGAAAUUAAGCAGCUAAUUUGCACUAGUAGCUGUAGCAGCUUUAUUUUUGAUGAAAACAAGGCAGAAGAAAAAGUUAUGUACUAUUGAUCUGACUAUGACUGUGUGUAAAAUCAGAUGGAUUUGAAGGGUGAGGGGAGGGAAUGGGUUCAAGAUUUCAGAUUUAGACUUGAGUUAUGUGCUUUGGGGGUGGAUUUCUGAUGGAAACAGUUUUUUGACAGUACAUGGUGAAAAAGUUUCCUCUGUGCUUUUCUUUUCGGGAAAUGAUGUAUGUGCUGCUAUAGGCUAGAGUAUUUUUACUGCAACAAUUCAGAAAUAAUUGUUUAAUUGUCAUCAAACCAGAGAAGCUAUCAUCUUUUUCAA